UAAAAGCUGGCGCCCACCGCUUCCCCGUCCCUCUUCUCCUUCUCCUUCUCCUUCGCCUUCACCACACCACCAGGUGGUUCUCCUCCCUUCCCCUCCCCUCCGCUCCGGAUAAAGCGAGAGCUCCCAUCCCCCACCAUCCCCACAGGAGAAGAUUACACGCACUCGUUCCUUCCUCCCUCCCUCCCUCCCGUCAGCAGUAGUGGACUGCCUCCCCAUCCACCCACCUGCGCCCGUUGCCUCCUCCUCGAUCGCGCGCACUCCCGGCGAGCUGGUUUUCUGAGAGGGGGUGCGGGCGAGGACGCCUGACUCCGCCUCUGGUUCGGAUCGAAUCCAAGGUUGAUGGCGAUGGAGGGGCCGAUCCUGUGUCGUCCUGUACUGCAAGCAAAGCUACCUGCCGCGAUGAUCAGCAACUCGCUGACUAAAUCCGGGCCGCUUGGAACCGCGUUCCUGGGUGCGGUGUCCAGAUACAGGAACAUUACUAGACUCGUUUCUCCAGUUUAUCAGCCAACGCCAAAGAGCUUCACUACUAUCUGCUCUAGCUUCAGCUCAUCGUCCGAUGGUAAUGGAUAUAUGGCUGGAAACUUUAGCGAGAGUGACGAAGAUUAUGUUGAUUCUACCGUGCUAGAAGCAGUUGAGGUGAGAAGUGGAGCAGAUGGAUAUGUAAUAAAGAUGCGAGAUGGGAAAAACUUGAGAUGUGUGCACAAUAAUUCUCAAGGGAGAAAUAUUCCAGAAAGUGCACCACAACCAGCUAUUGUUUUGAGGAUUGAAGAUGGAAGUGAAACUUUACUUCCAAUCAUUGUUUUGGAGAUGCCAAGCGUACUUCUGAUGGCUGCUAUUCGCAAUGUUCACAUUGCUAGACCAACCAUAUAUCAAGUUGUGAAGGAGAUGAUUGAUAAAAUGGGUUAUGAGGUAAAACUGGUUCGGAUAAAUAAAAGAAUUCAAGAAGCAUACUGUGCUGAACUUUAUCUGACAAAGGUAGGAGACCAUACAGAAAGUGUCACCUUUGAUCUGCGACCUUCAGAUGCCAUUAACAUUGCUGUUCGCUGCAAGGUUCCUAUACAAGUCCAUAGGAGUCUUGCAUACAGUGAUGGCAUAAGAUCAGUCGAGCCAGCAAGAAUGGCAGUAGCAGCUGGCAUAUCAGAUGGUUUGUUGUUUACAGAACUUGACAGACCUGAUGGGCAGCCCUGUGUUGAGGCUCAAGAGUUUGGAUUAAUCCGGAACAUGCUUAUUGCAGCUGUUGAAGAGAGAUACAAAGAUGCUGCAUGGAGGGACAAACUGAUGCAGCUGAGGUCUAAACGGAAAAACUGGGCCUAAUAGCGUGGCUUGUUUCCAUGGUGUAAAUAAGAACGAAGCCCUAUUGAAUCCCAGUAUGCAUUCCAGAUGACUGAUGCUGCCUAUGUAAUUAGAUGUAUAUAUUAUAUGGAGCUAAGAACUGGACUUUGUAAAUUCUGACACUGUUUCGGUCUUUGGAGUAAGAACUAAUAUAUGGGAACUCUCUGCAUGUUGUCCAGUUGAUAUCUGUCUCAUGAGCACUUCAUAAUGCCCUCUUUUGGUAAAUCAAGUAUUCUAUAAACAAAAUGUGUAACUUGUUUGUAAACAUGCACAAUGUAAUUAGCCCAACUAUUCCAGCGACCUUUUACCAGCUCAACUUCAUCUA